AUGGUUGUUGAUGUACCAUUAGUAGUAAGUGAUACUCGAGGACAAACAAUUCGAACAACAUUUCGUGUUAAUAAUGGUUUUGAUUUAUUUAAUUCUCAUUCGAUUAUAAUACAAAAUAAGAAUGAAAAUUUAUCAGAAUCAAUUUUUAAUAUAAUGAUAAUUCUUUGUCAAAAUGAUGAUGAAAAUACAAAACAAUGUUUAGAAACAUUAUGUACAAAAUCAAAUGUACAAGGACAACAAACUGUUGCUAAUGAUACUAAAUUUUUAUCUAUUGUUUAUGAGCAAUUGAUAAAAAGUCGAAAUUCAUUACUUAUUGAAAAUGGUUCAUUAGUAUUUGGAGAUAUUAUUAUUCAUUCAGCAGCACGAACAUUUCUACACAAUAAUCCAGGAAUAGAUAAAACUAUUGGUCAAAGGUUAAAAUUACUUGAAGAAUCAUGGUUAAGUAAAACAGCAAGAAAAAAUGUAGCCAUUUUUAUUACUAAAAUGUUCAAAACUGAUGAAAGUUUUUUACAAGAAUAUCGAAAAGAACAUGGUACUGAAAUUCUUCAUUCAGCUGUUAAAGAUGUUGAAUUGUAA